AAUGCCGGUUAUCAACAUUUCUCUCCUCACGAGCUGCCAUGCUGACAGCUCUGUGCCCUGAUGAUCUGUGUAGCCCCAGCAGUGCCACCUGUCAGUGUCCAUCAGUGCCAGCUCUCAGUGCUCAUCCAUGCCACCUGCCAGUGCCCAUCAGUGCCACAUCAAUGCCACAUAUCAGUGCCCAUCUGAGCUGCCUUUCAGUGACACCCAUCAGUGCAAGUCAGUGCCACCUAUCAAUGCCAGUCAGUGCGACCUAUCAGUGCUGCCAAUUAGUGCCGCAUAUCAGUGCCAGUCAG